CUCGUUUUCAAUUUUCCUCCUUCCUGUAUAUAAAGCCUGGGCUCGGCUGCAUCCCGUACAUUGGGAUGCGCUGUCAGAGUGAGCUGACUCAAAAUAUGAUUUAAAUUCAGUCUCUAACGCUAGAGAUCAGUUUGUUUUCCUUCUUUUACGCGCUGUGUUUACAUGACACUGCUGCGCUAGCACUAAUCCAACAUGGCGUUUAUUUUUCAAAAUUAUGUUAAUUUGUCACAUUUGUGUAACGCUCUUCACUCCAUAAGCCUGAAUUAUCAUUAGCAAAACAUAAAAACACUAGAAAGUGUUGCUUAAAAUUAGUUAAUAACAUUCCCUUUGAAAUGUUAGUACGAUACAGAUUAAUGAGUUGUUUCAUAAUAAUCACCGACAAAUUCACCUUUUAUUGCUGCUUUAUUCAUAUAAUCGGAAACAUUGCAUUUAAACUUGAAAUCUAAAGAGAUGGCCACUUUUAUAAAAAUAAAUAAAAAAAUAGCAUAUGUUUUUUGACACCCAUUAAAAUUAUUUUUUCUACUAAAUGUUUUUUACAUUUAAUUUUUAUUUUUUUAUUUUUUUUGUACUAAAUUCACAAACAUAUUAUCCCAUAGUAAAUAAACCAAAUUCAUGCACAAUUGUAGUUUAUCUCUGGCUUGGGCUGUUGGUUUAGACUGCUGUGUAUGUCUGAUAGAAUACAUGGAGGAGGAAGAGAGAGAUGUGAAGGGUGUUCUUCAGUCUGAAGAGAGAGAGGAUGUACAGCCGGCAGACACACAAGCUGGACUGCAACCUGACAAAACCUCAAAAGCUAAAGAAAAUGCAGAUGCACAAGUGCUUCCAUCAGUCAUUCCAGCCCCAGAAACUGUAGCAGCCAAUCAGAAGCCCUCUACAGUCCCGGAACAAGCGGACAACUUAGUUAUACUUGACCAAAACGGACAUCCUAUUCAGUAUGAGCGGGUGGUGAUCAUGAAAGGGGAGAAUGGACAGCUGUACGGUGUCCCAUCUGUGUCUAUAGGGGGCUCUCAGAUGUUACUACCUCAUGGUCAGCUGUUGAAUGUAGUAAACUCAUCAGGUAUCUUUUUGGAGAAAAGACAGCAGCCAACCAUCACAUCCAUAAACGACAAUGAUGGCACUCAUAGUUUAUCUGCACUAGCGGCUCAGAAUGUCACUGGUAUUAAAAUUCAGAAAAAAGGUUCUCCUGAUGUAUUUGAGCCCCCAGUGAAGCCACUGCCACCAGGGGCACCAAACUGGGCUCUGCGACUGCGUGGCUGUGAGAAGAUCGGAGACUCGUACCGGGGUUACUGUAACACAGAGGCAGAGCUGGAGGCCGUUCUGCUUCUACACAAGCAGCAGACUCACGCUGUGUUUGGCACCCGUCAAUCACCCUCACCGGCUAAACCUGCCACCAGACUCAUGUGGAAAUCACAGUAUGUGCCCUACGAUGGCGUUCCCUUUGUUAAUGCAGGGAGCCGAGCCAUUGUAAUGGAAUGCCAGUUUGGUCCACGUAGGAAGGGCGUUCAACCAAAAAAAGGGUCUGAACAAGAAACGAAUCAAAACAUCCUCUACAAAGCAACCUGCCCUGCCAGAAUAUAUAUCAAAAAAGUUCGAAAAUUCCUGGAGUACAAGGUUCCAACAGAUCCCAAAGUGGACAAGAAGGUAGUGCGACAAGAGCAGGAGAAAGCCUUCUUCAACCUCAAGAAAAGUUUAUGGGAUGUUGGAGGCGUUGUAAGGUAUUACAUCCAGCUCCCUACUGAGAAAGCCCACCUAUACCAUAACGUGGACACUGCAAACCUGCCUCCGCUUCCAGAGCAGAUCUGCUUUGCAGAGGAAGAGCAAAAUGAAGAGGAAGAGACUGAGGAGCUGGGCAGUGAAGCCAUGCAGGAUGUCAUGUUGGAGGAUGGGACGUCCUUACCCUCUCGACUGCACCCGCUCGUGGCAGAGAAGAUCUGUGAGUUGGUGGCACAAGGUCAUAGCCAGGUUUACACUGUCCGCAAGCAGCUCAGGUAUGACACAGAUGGUUUCAAUUCUCCUUUGUUUCAUUUGCUGAAAAACUAUUUACUGUUGCUUUGUGAACGCCCUGGCAGGAGGUUUGUGGAACAUGAGAUGUUCAGGUCGGAGGAAGUGCCAGAGAGACACAAUCUGUGUUACUUUCCCACUGUCAAUGACAUCAAGAACCACAUCCAUGAGGCUCAGAAAGCUCUUCAGCUGACGGCAGGACCACUCGCUACCUCAGACACAGAGUGGAAAGCAGAGGCUAAUAACCUGCUUCCAGAGACUUUGACCUUGACCCUGACUCCUGCUACUGUGGACGUGUCCUCUCAGAAGGAAGGACUCCUGGAAGAGAGUGACACUCUUUCUCCAGAGGCUGUGCAGCUCUUCAGCUCUCUUACCUCACUGCAGCCCAAGAUCUUUGCACAUCUCCAGGCAAUCCAGCUACAGCCUGCAUUGUGUCCAGUUGAAGACACUGCCCAAUCUACAACACCACCACCAGAAGCCCAAGAGCUGUCCAGCCCUGCACCUCCACAGCCUGUUCUGCUGAGUCCGUCCCAGUUCCUCCAGUCGAGUGGCAGUGGUGGUGAAAGCAUAUCUCUGUGUGACCCCCCAAUCCUGCUCGGCAUGAGUCAGCUGGUGAGUGUGACCUCUGUGACUAAUGCUGGAGCUGAAGGUGGCAUCACACAGAUCCUGAUGGAGGACGGAGAGGCCAUUCCAGUCCAGAUUGUGGACCCUGCAAGCAUAGCUUUGACUUCCCCAGCAGAUGACACUUCAGUUAAAUAGGACAUUGGGAAAUCUAUGGAUGUUUCAGCAGAGCCAGACAGAGGCUGGAAAUACAAAGACAAAAGAAAAGAAACAUCCUUGUCUGACAGAACAGCGUUUGACGAUUGAGCUCUUAGAUCAAUGGAGGACUGAUUCAUUGUAUCAAGUACAGUAUUAUGUAAACAUGGACUCAUGCAACAUUGAUUUGUAUUAUUAUUUGUUUCCAUUUCCCAUUAUUGCUAUUUUAAUUUAUUACAGUGUUGACUGGAGAAAAAAGGCAAUUUCUCAAAAGUAUGAAUGAAAUCAAGAUUAAAUAUUUAAAGCUAAA